CUCGUGAACUUGAAACGGACUCAAAACAAACCGAACACAUCCUCCGGUGCUCACGUGGCUUUGCUUGGAAGUCAUGAUGGACUUUCCGUGUGUCCGGUGGCAGGAGUAUGCUGCACAGAAAUGGGUCGGACUCGAACCCGAGCUGAAGGAGCGUUUCACAUCCCUUCAUGACGUAGAUGAUGUGUUUAAGUGCAGCCUAACUCUGACAACCGAAGAUGAUCUGGACUUUGUGCAGUCCAUCUGCACAGGACACUCUGUCCAGAAGGACACAGAACAAGCAGCCAAAUGCAGAGAGAGGGGCAACUCGAGCUUCAAGAGUAGAGACUACACUGCAGCUGCUAUGCACUACUCCCAGGGCAUAUGUUUUGCUCCCAUAAGCUCGAAGCAGCUUGUCUCGUGCUUUGCCAACCGUUCUGCCGCGCUCUACCAUCUGCAGCACAUCAGUGUUUCUGUUUUUCCUCAGGAAUCCCUCGAGGACAUAGACGAAGCUCUAAAGAACGGCUAUCCCUCUCAUCUUUUACACAAACUGGAGGAGCGUCGCACACAGUGCCUCAAACACCUCUCUGCAGGUCAAAAGGCAAAAGAGGCUCAUCACAACACUGCCUCAAAGAAUCAUGAAGGCCGAGACCCAGAGGGGCCGCUCACAUUUGGGAUCUGUCCUCACGCAUCUGUCGGUUUCAGCCUGGAGAAAGGUCGACACCUGGUGGCUGCAGAUAGAAUAGCAGCUGGGGACGUGAUCCUCCAUGACAGGCCAUACAGCUGUGUCCUUAUACCAGGGAUGGAGGAGGUGAAAGGGAAAGGAGCAAGGCAGAACAAGGAGCGAAGAGUGUUGUUUGGAAUGGAGCACAGGCGCUGUCACAGGUGUUUGACUGAAACGCUGCGUCCUGUGCCAUGUCAGUGGUGUAGUUACAGCCGAUACUGUUCAACUUCCUGCCAGCGAGAUGCCUGGGAAGAACAUCACCGCUGGGAGUGUCCGCUGGGUGCAGAUCUGAUGGUGAUGGGAGUGAUGUCACAGCUCGCUCUGAGGGUAACACUGAAGGCGGGGUUAAAAAACAUCAAAAUGGCCAGGGAUCCAAUCAGAGACAAGCACACAGAGUCAGAGCCAAGCUGUCUUAACAGAGAGUCAAGUGAUUCCUCUCCAUGUCAUACUUCGUACUGCAGUGACUCUUACCUGAGCGUGUUUCACCUGCUGCACCACCUGGAUCACCACAGUCCCGGUCUGCGUUUCCUGUAUGCGGUUACCGUAGCAACGCUCUACCUAAAGCUGAUCAAGGCAGGACCUCCACCUGCGUCCUGGGACCUCAGUGGAAACAGCCAGUCACCAGAUGAGGAGGGAGGUUUCAGAGAUUGGAGCUCUGAGCUGUGGCUGCUGGGAAGUGCAGUGUUGAGGCACAUCCUGCAGCUGAGGUGUAACGCCCAGGCAAUAGUCAUGUUGCAAGACACAGGAGCAGCAAACUCACCAGUGCAGUCGAGCAUGGAAAUCCGCAUUGCUACGGCAAUAUUCCCAACUCUUAGUCUUUUGAAUCACUCCUGCUGUCCCAACACCAGCCUGGUGUUCAGCAGUGGAACCAGUGCUGUUUCCUCUGGUUCAGAUCUGUCUGCAGACCUCAGUGAGAGAGUAGCUGACGACAGAAGCACAGCCUGCGGAGUCACUGUAACUGUCAGAGCUGCCAAAGUUAUCGCUCCCGGACAAGAGAUCCUGCACUGCUAUGGUCCCCAUAGCAGUAGGAUGGCAACCAAAGAACGUCAGCACCUCCUGCAGGAACAGUACUACUUCCUGUGUCAGUGUGAGGCCUGCACUCUGCAGCAGGAGGAGGACGAGGAGGGCAUAGAGGGCACACAGCAGUGGUUGGGUACUGAUGGCAGUCCACACAAGUCUGGUCUCCUGUGUGGCAAGUGCAAAGAAUCUCUCAAAAAUAGCAGUGAGGACAGAGGACUAGGAUUUCUAUGUUCAUCCUGUGGUCAUCGCGUGCCUUCCUCUGAAGUGAACCACAAGCUGCAGGAGAUCAGGGUCGACCUGGAAAAGGCUGUGGACCUCAUGGAGAGAGACAGACCAGAUGAGGCUCUUAGCCUGUUGAAAAGAACCCAGUGUCAGUCCGGGCUGAUCCUUGCAGAGACACACCCACUGCAGGGAGAGCUGGCAGAUGCCACGGCCAGAGCAUAUGCUACUAUGGGUGACUGGAACAAUGCAGCCUCCCAUCUUGAGCGAAGCUCUGCAGCUAUUGGUUCCCAGUACGGAGCAGACAGUAUUGAACUGAGUCGUCAACUCUUCAAAUUAGCUCAGCUUCACUUCAAUGGUGGUGCCAGAGGACCGGCCCUCUCAGUUAUCCCCGAGGUCAGACGCCUGCUCUGCCUUCACUGUGGUCCUCAGUGUCCGGAAUUACAGGAGCUGCAAGCUAUGGAGGACUGUCUACGAGGGUAGUCUUACUUACUGAUGAAAAUGAUUCAAAUCUGUGUAUUCUUCUCUUUGAGAAACUAAAAUGUUCCUUUUUUACAAGCCCUUGUGUUUGUAUAUACAUGUACUUUUAUUGUGAUAUAUAAAUACACUGUUCUAGAAGCAACACGCGAGUCUGCACAGCUGCCAAAUGGCCACAGGUAUACAUGCGGUUGAUUGUGGCUCUCUGACCUCUUGGUGUCAGAAUGUAUCCAUCAAUAGUUUCAAUUUCAUGCUUCAGUGGUGGCCGUGCAGCACAAGGCAACUUUUCCACCAGGUGCUUCCAGCUUCCAUGUAAAGAAUGAGACUGAAGGGAAUGUGCGGGCUUUUAAUGACCGUGGUUAAGAAAUGGUUUAGAUUCCAGCUGGUUAAUCAAUCUAUACAAUCUCCAAAUACCCUCGGCUGCUACACACACAUAUAGGUACACCUCUGACCUUCAGGUGGCAGCAGUUAGCCACUGACAAAUUCAAUUUCAUGCUCUGAUGGCUGGAAAGCAAGAUGUAGCACUGACUGGACCUACAGCACCCACCCCAUGUCCUUCAAGACCUUUAUACAUCUAACUUAAAAGUCUUUAAAGGCCUGUUAAAGCAUGACAUGUAUGUUAAGGCUUUUAGUUUUUCCCUCUCUCAUUUCAUAAUGGAUCAGUAACCCUCUAUGUAACUAGUGGAUGAAGAAUAAUUUCUAGUGUGUCACAUAAACGGUCAGAAAAUAAGGUGUCCGGUCACUGUGAGCUCUGCAGUAGAGGUUCACUGGUUUUCAGACAUGAGAGACGACUCCUGUUGAGCAAAGACAAUAAAAUAGCGAUCACAGCUGGAACUCUGAGGCAUCUGCCAGUUAGACAUCGCCUGUGUCUGGAGGGCGGCCAAUCUGACAGACGUGGAUAAGUACUUGCAGGAAGUCAAGGUUAAGUCAAAAACACCACAGAGGCAGCUGGUGAGUCGUGUAACAGUGAACUCAAAAGGCCCCACCGGGCAGGUUCCUGCUGAUCACUGUCAUGACGAGGUUGCCACAGGUCCCGGACCAAUGAACGGAAAGUCAAGAGACAAACAAGUAUAGUAAUAUCACAGGUCUUUAGAGUAUUCAGAGGAAAACUCAGAUCACAGCUGCAGACGAUAAUUAUUUUCAUCAUGUAUCAAUCUGCUGAUUAAUUUCUCCAUCUGGUUUGGUCUGUAAAACAUUGAAACAUCCUGAUACAUGUACCAUUUUGUCUGAUCAACAGUUCAAAAUGUUUACUCCAGUGUAAGACACAUUUGAGACCCUGGAAUUACAAAUUAAAAAACAAAACAAUGAGUGAAUUGAUUAUCGAUUUCUGUUUUAAAUCAACUAAUCAUUGCAACUCUGAGUUUACACAGGGUUGACACAACCUUCUUAAAAUAAACAUCAGACAAUACGUACUGCAAAUAGAAACGUGUCCUUUCUGUAACCCGAGAUGAUUUUAUUUUGUCUUAUUACUGAUCAUGUUGAUGCACAGUCUGUAGACAGUCAAACAAUACAAUACAUUUUUGAAUUCAA